GGAUGGGGGGCGGGCCCCUAGCUGCUGUUUCUCCGGUUCGUCCUUCCGCUCCUCCUCCUCCUCCCUCUACUCCCCUGAUGGAUCUCCUGCAGCGGGGCCCGCCCUCCCUCUCUCCGUUUUCCGUCCAGGUCGGCGGUAUGCGCACGUAGUCCCAGUUUAGGGGCUCAGGCUCCGCGCUGCCCCAACCACCGUCUCCUCCUCCCCUUCACCGGGAGAGGGACGGGGUUCCCCGGAGCCCUGCUAGGGUCCUCCUCCUUGCCCACCAUGGCGGUGGAUAUCGAGUACAGGUACGGCUGCAUGACUCCCCCUUUGCGCCGGGACAGGUUUGCCUGCAAGAUCCUGCCCAAGCCCACCAAGCCCCUCCGGCCUUGUAUCCAUCUGAGUGGCCGGAGCGAGACCAACGGCAUCGUGGCUCCGCUAGUCCAGGAGAAGAAAGCCAAAAAGCGUGUGUCCUUCGCAGAUCACCGAGGACUGGCCUUGACCAUGGUCAAGGUGUACUCAGAGUUUGAUGACCCCCUGGACAUCCCCUUCAACAUCACUGAGCUUCUGGAGAACAUCGUGAGCCUGACCACAGCCGAGUGUGAGAGCUUCGUCUUGGACUUCGAGCAGCCGUCCACUGACUACCUGAACUUCCGCAACCGGCUGCAGACCGACCACGUCUGCCUGGAGAACUGUGUGCUCAAGGACAAGGCCGUCUCGGGCACGGUGAAGGUCCAGAACCUGGCCUUCGAGAAGUUGGUGAAAAUCCGCAUGACCUUCGACACGUGGAAGAGCUUCAGGGACUUUGAGUGCCAGUAUGUGAAGGACACGUACGCGGGCUCAGACAGGGACACCUUCUCCUUCGCCAUCAGCCUUCCCGAGAAGAUCCAGUCCUACGAGAGGAUGGAGUUUGCUGUGUGCUAUGAGUGUGGCGGGCAGACGUACUGGGAUAGCAACCAGGGCAGGAACUACCGGAUCGUUCAGGCAGAACUCCAGGGCAUGCAGGGAGGGAUCCCGGCCCAGACUGGGUCUGACUUGGGGAUUUCCCUGGAUCACUUCGGGAGCCCUCGGUGCUCCUACGGCUUGUACCCGGAAUGGCCAAGUUAUCUGGGAUACGAGAAGCUGGGCCCUUACUAUUAGCUGCCUUGUCUGUGUCUGGACGGACACUUGUCUGUGAGGUUCUGGAUGUGUCUGGCUGAAGGGUCCUAGGGCCUUAUGCCGAAGGCCUCUGAGCUCCUAGCAGCCAAGGAGAGACACAGAGGGAGUCCCACCCUUCACUUCAAUGCCAGCCGGUCCAAUCAGGAUUCUAUCCCACUUGCUACCACUGGUGACUUGGCAAUAGACUCUGGUGCUGGAGCCACGACCGCAAGAGUAGGGGUGUUGGGAGGUGGAAUCAGGGGUCUUCCAGGUACUCCAGGGCAACAAUCACUAACCAGGAGAGGUUUACAAAGUGCUUUCUUCACACCAGCCCUCGGAGGGGUAGUGUGAGUGCUUUUAGCCUCAUUUUACAGAGGAGGAAACUGAGGCUUUAAGAUGGGAAAGGUUGAGUGGCAGGUCUCUCUGACUCACGCUGUCUUUUAGCACUUGUGUGUUGCAUUCAGCUGUGCUGGGGGACAUUGUGGCCUUCUCCAUGCAUUUCUUAAAGCACUAGGAAACGUUGCUUCCAAAUGGGGGGACGGUGACUGUCUCCCCUUCUCUGGAGGGGCUGUUGUUGCUCACUGUUAGUCUCUCCUGAUUAAUGCUGCUAUUCCUCACCUGACAGACACUGAACACUCACUUUUGUUGUUAAGUGUUACAGUUAGUAUUGGACACUAAAUGUAUUUCCCAACACGGUUCCUCUUCCCUUCAGGAAAAAAGAGACAAAGUAGGUAAGUCCUGCCCUCUCUGCCCUCUUCCUGGCCCAUCAUGGACGGGACGGCUGCGAGCCCAUCCCAAAGCCAGCGCCCUGAUGGAUUUUGGCCAUUGGCCAGCCUCCUUGUCCCCACACAGGCUUUAAGGGAGUCUGCUUACCUUGUAAAGCUUCCGUCCCUGUGAUUGGGCGCACCUGUGGCCUGGUGCUCCCUGUUCUAUAGUAGCCUCCGUUCCCCAGGUCAGUGAUCUCGGAGGAUUACACAGCAGGAGAAUGAAUGGGACGGCGAUGUCUUCAUGUCCUGCUGAAACAGCAUGGAGGGUAGUUUACUGAAUAACUUCCAAGAUCAAUCUCAGUGUGGUAAACGGGUUACCCCAGGUCAUUUUAAACUUGACCCUUGAAAAGAAAGAGCCAGUUAUGGCGUAGUACAUUUGGAGCUGGAGACCCGAGUUCAAAUCCUCCCUUGACCACUUGUAUGGCCUUGUCCCAGGAUUUAGAGCCCCAAAGGAACUUAAAGAUAAUUGUCUAAUCUCUUUUGUAGGAGGAGGGAACCCAAGCCCACCUGUUACCUACUCAAAGUCACUUUGCUGGUAAGAAGUAAAGCUAGAAUUCAAAUCCAGAUUAGGGUCUCUGGACCUCUGUUUCCUCAUCUGUAAUGUGAAUGGAACUGCUUGUUUAUGUCCUUUCCUGGUUCCUUGCAACUGAAUCUAUUCCUUGCCUUUGGGAGUGUGACCUGGCCUGGGUCAGAGCUAGAAUGGGAGGGGCAGCUCAUACCUAGUCCCAGGGGGGAGAGACAGCUGCUCCCUGACUCCCUAACAGAGAAGCGGGUGUUCAGGACCCACAGAGAUGGGUGAGCAGGGUCCCUGCCCUCUCCCUCCACUAGAGAUCUAGGACUAGACUGUGCUAAUUAUAAUCAUAUACAAUUAUAUAUGUGUGUGUGCACACACACACAUAUAUAAUUGUAUAUGAUUAUAAUAAGCACAGUAUAGGGAACUCCAAGGGAAGAAAAAUCCCUUUACCAAAGUCAGCACCUUCUUCGCUAUUUACUGGCUAAGAACAUUGCCAACAGGAUGAGAAGUUAAGUCACACACCCAGCAUGUACAUGAGAUAUUUUUCCCAAGUCUUCUUGGCUUUGCCCCCCACUGCCUUUAAUUAUCUAGGAGGAUGGAUCAAAAAUCCUGUAAGCUAAGAGAGGUCACCUUGUGUUCUUCACGUCCUUGAAGACUUUCAGUGAUCUGGAGCUCACUCCUCAAGCCCAUUUCCCUGCCCAGUUAUUUAGGAAAUGAAUCAUCUGUCACAACUCUCAUUCCCAUUCCUCUUCCGUAAUGCCCUCUCCAUGGCAGACGUGCCAGACUAAGUGCAAUAAAUGAGCCCAGUGACUCACUAGCUCUGGGGGAGCAUAAGCUUUAUUUUUUUUAAGGUAGAUUUACAGUGUGGGUGAGUGGAGAAGGAGAUUGAAGCUCUCUCCUCUUCCCCGAGGAACAUGGAAAGAUUUUCUUGGGUAUCCCAGAUUCAGCGUUAGAGGAGGAAGGGUACUCAGUAGGACAUCCUCGGGGAAGGGAAUCCACACCUGGAUGAUCCCACAGGUGCUUGCUGUGGAAUCCAAGUCCAUCUCCGCUCCUUAAGCAACAGCCACCCAGCAGGAGCCAUCAGGGAAGUGAUGAGCGGUAGCAAUGGCCGCCUCUUGCCUGAGGUGAUGACCCACCUGGGGCCUUAUGUAGUGGGACAGGCGGGGUUAGCUCCCAGACACCUGCUGUUCCUUGAAGCCCCACCAGCAGUGGCAGAGGGCCCUUUUCAGCCCAUAUGAAUGUACAGCCUAGGAAUUUUCUUCUGCCGUGUGCUCACUAGUGCCUUGUAAAGAUGUUUCUGUGUGUUCUUUCAGAAAGAUAUUUUUGUAUACACAUGUUCCAGGGAAAUGCACUUUACAAUCAGGGAUGGGUGGGCACCAAGCUCUCUAUCAAAGAAACUGGGUUUUAUU